AUGACAAACACAGUGGAGAUAAAUAACUUUACAAUGAACUUCUCCACAUUGGGAGCAUCUACAAACUCCACUACUCAAUCCAUUGGACCACAAGAGAUUUUGGAAUCCUGUUUGCAGUUCACCACAUUCCUCUUUGGAUUUCCUACACACUGCUAUAUUACCUGGCUAAUCAUCACAGGAACAGGGAAUGGACUUUCAUCAGAACUUUUUAACCUCAAUCUCUCAGUUUCCGAGAUAGGCAACUGUCUGAAUAAUUUGUUGAUUGCAUCAAUGAUUUGGUUUCCAGGUCUAUUACCAUUUAAAAACUUUUUAACAGGACUGACUAUCACUGCCCGUCCUUUCUUUCAGUGUCUGAUGUGUGUUGAGCGUUACCUAGCAGUGGUUCAUCCUGUAACCUUUCUGAAGUACAAACCUCUCAGAUAUAGAGUGAUCUGCUGCAUUGUGGUUUGGAUGUUUACUAUUGCUUCCUGUUUCGGCUGCUGGGUUAUAAAUACCUCAGACACAAUACUAUAUGUGUGGUUCUCUUUUGUUCAUUUUCUCUGCGUCCUCUUCGUCCAGUUGUUUUGUCUUGUGGCUGUUCUCAGAGCUCUGAAGCAGUCAGGACCGGGAGAGAGAAAGAGAGAGAAAGAGGAAAACCACAUGAAGAAAAAUGCCAUUUAUACAAUUCUAGUUACAACUGUAAACAUGCUUGUCACAUACAUCCCACUCUGUCUCACAGGACUUUACUCCAUUUUGUCAAAUAAUUUUGUCCAGGCAGUUUGGUUUCCUUCUGUUAUGUGUUUUAUGCUGGCUGGCUUUUUUCAUCCUCUUCUUUUUCUGCACCGCACUGGAAAACUUCCCUACUCGUGUCAUCAUUUCCAUGAUUUUGUACUUAAACUUAUCAUGUAA